ACAUACGCCGCCGCCAUGGCCUCGCGCCCUCCCCUCCGCACCGUCUCCACCGCCUCCUCCUCCCACUCCACCGACUCCCCCACCGCCGCCGCCGCUCCUCCCGGCGGCGUCCCGCAGUCCAUCACCGCGCUCCUCAACAACCCGCUCCCCUCCGCCUCCUCCGCCUCCUACUGGCUCCCGUGGCCCCCGCCCACCUCGCUCCCCGACGCGCCUCCCGUGCCUUCCCACCCCUGCGACCUCUCCCGCGCCGACUUCGCGCCCUACCUCGCCGCCGUCGCCGAUCCCUUCGCGCGCUUCGCCGACAUCCGCCUGCACGCCAACACCGAGCUCGCCGCCUCCUCCUCCUCCCCCACACCCUCCUCCUCGGGCCUCGCCGCCUGCCUCCGCGAGGUCCCGGCCCUCUUCUUCAAGGAGGACUUCGCGCUCGAGGACGGGGCCACCUUCGAGUCCGCCUGCCCGCUCGCCGACGGCGCCGCGCUGCAGGAGCGCCUCGGCCAGCAGCUCGACGUCGUCGAGGCGCACCUCGUGCAGGAGAUCGCGCGCCGCUCCGCCUCCUUCUACGAGGCCCAGGGCCGCCUGCGCGGCCUCGACGGGGAGAUCGUCUCCGCCGUCGGGAGGAUCCGGGAGCUCAGGGAGGUCGUGCGGGUGCUCACGGGCGACCUCGUCGGGGACGCGCAGCAGGUGCAGGACCUCAACGCCACGCGGAGCAACCUUGUCGCCUUGCAGGAGAAGCUCACCAUCAUCCUCUACGUCAGUCAGGCGCUCACCGCGCUCAGGCUGCUUGUGCUAGCAGCAGACUGUGCUGGUGCACUUGAUGUCAUUGAUGACCUGCAAAAUUUGCUAGAUACUGAUGAACUUGCUGGGCUAUAUUGCUUUCGACAUAUUCGUGAUCAAUUGGGAACAUCAUUAGAUUCAGUCAACAGCAUUCUUUCAGCAGAGUUUGUGCGGGCUGCGGUUCCUGAUGGAAAAACUGUAGAUGCAAUGAUUUCGUCAACUGUGAAAAGGAGGACUUCUAUCCCCCUCAACGGGACAGAGCAUGAAGUAAGCGUAGAUGAAGAGGAAAGCUUCAUUCUCAGAGAUCGUCUUCUUCCCCUCAUUAUUUGCCUGCUGAGAACGGACAAAGUUCCUGCAGUGCUAAGAAUUUACCGGGAUACACUCAUUACUGUUAUGAAAGCUUCAAUCAAAUCCACAGUUGCAGAGAUGCUUCCAGUCUUGAUUUCCAAAUCAAUAGAUUCUGAUUCCGUAACUGGAGAGAGAGCUGCUGAUUCUGAUGCUGGAGGCCAGUCAUUAGCAAAUAAGCUGCGAAGUCUAUCAUCUGAAGGGUUUGUUCAACUUUUGUCGGCUAUUUUUAGGAUAGUCCAGGUACAUCUGCUGCAAGCAGCUGAAGUUAAAAAAAUAGUUCAGUGGAUCAUGAGAAACCUUGACGGGAACAUACGUACUGAUGCAACAAAUCCUGUCAUACAACAUGGUGGAACGGUUGAUACUUCCCAAGAGAAUGACAAUGGUGUUACUUCACGGGGCUCAAGUACUGUUACACGUAGUCCUACUAAGCUUUCCUUGUUUCAAGGAAAAGCAAAUGAUAUGUCCAGUACAAAUUCAAUAAAAAAUGUUCGGGCUGAUGUGUUAAGUGAAAGCACAGAAGCAGUUUUUGCUGCAUGUGAUGCUGCACAUGGACGCUGGGCUAAGCUGCUAGGUGUUCGUGCUGCUCUACAUCCCAAGUUAAGGCUUCAGGACUUCCUGAUCAUUUAUAAUAUAACAGAGGAAUUCAUAGCUGCUACAGAAAAGAUUGGAGGCAGGUUAGGUUACAACAUUCGUGGGAUUCUACAGCAACAAUCAAAGCAAUUUGUUGACCAUCAGCAUAGUGUUCGGAUGGCAAAAAUUAAGGCAGUUCUUGACCAAGAGACGUGGGUUGCUGUUGAUGUUCCCGAAGAAUUCCAAGCGAUUGUUCUGUCACUGUCAUCAACUGACUUUCCUGUUAACGGCAUGGAGAUGCCUAGCACUGAUAGCAACUCAAAGCUCAGUGAGGAUGGAAUUUCGACAGCUCAAGAACCAUCAUAUUCAACAGAAAAUAGUGUUGGUAAUGGCAAUGCAACAUCUGUGACAGGCCAUGAGAACAGGGCUGAAUCCACUUCUCCUCAGAUUGAAAAUAGUGUUGCUGGGCAUGUCAAGUCAAUGUCACAAACCAUUGUGCUUGGAGGUGUUGGCUAUCAUAUGGUAAACUGCGGCUUGAUAUUGCUGAAGAUGCUAUCAGAAUAUGUUGACAUCAGUAAAUGUUUGCCAUCGUUAUCUUUUGAGGUGGUCCAACGUGUUGUUGAAAUAUUAAAGCUUUUCAACACUAGGACUUGCCAACUGGUUCUUGGCGCCGGUGCCAUGCAGGUAUCUGGUCUGAAAUCAAUUACUUCUAAGCAUUUAGCAUUGGCGAGUCAAAUCAUCAGUUUCAUACAUUCUUUGAUUCCAGAUAUCCGGCGAGUACUUUUCAUGAAAAUACCUGAAGCACGCAAACAGCUGUUGAUGUCUGAACUGGAUAGAGUUAAUCAGGACUACAAGGUUCAUCGAGAUGAAAUUCACACCAAGCUAGUCCAAAUAAUGAGAGAGAGAUUGCUAGCAAAUCUCAGAAAACUACCGCAAAUCGUGGAAAGUUGGAAUGGACCCGAUGAUAAUGAUUUGCAGCCAAGUCUAUUUGCCAAAGCUGUUACAAAGGAAGUUACUUAUUUGCAUCGCAUCCUUUCUCAAAUACUGCUUGAGGUUGAUGUGCAGGCAAUAUUCAGACAAGUAGUUCAAAUAUUCCAUUCACAUAUCACAGAAGCAUUUUCAAAGUUGGAUGUGAACAGUCCUCAGGCAAAGAACAGAUUAUGUCGAGAUGUUCAACAUAUUCUUGUAUGUAUUCGGAAGUUGCCUGCUCAGAACUUCAGUGCUGAAACUGUUCGAAAUUAUGGUCUUCUUGACGAGUUCUUGGCUGAGAAGUUUGGGACUAAAGUUGAAGAGUGAUUGACAUGUACAUUAGGAACUGACUCCUGUCUGCAAAUGUUCAGUGUUGGUAAAUAUGGUAAAUGGGAAGUUGCUCCAAGAUAUCACAACUGUUGGCAUAAAAUCCUGUGCAGGUAUUGCUGCAGAGGAUAUCGAAAUCAGAGCGCUCUCUAUGACACAAUUACCAAGUCAGUGUACACAGUAGUGCUUUGUGAGACCAUGCCAAUAGUUUUCCACAUCUGAGCAGAAAGUUUUGCACCGUACUUUUGCCAUGUAGCAUUUGAUCUUUUGCUUGUUCCACCCCUUUUGGGGAAAGCUGAUAUUGGUUAGAUGUUGGCUAUAGAGCCAUAGAGGCAGAGGGAACCUGACAGUUUUGGCAGCACGGCCCAUUCUUUGCACAUUGCGUCCUGCUGUCGGGUGCAGCAGUGUAUUGGAUAUCCUGUUGAUGCAGCCAAUGUAUUUUGUCAUGUAAGGUUUGUAACUAUUCUUCUCAGUGCAGUAAUAAGUAAUUGUUAACUGUUAGUACA